AGGGAGGGCAGCGGAGGUGGGUGCUUGAGGCUGGGCAGAUUCGGCGAGGAAGACAUAGGGUCCGUGUGCCCUGCUGUUUGAAGUCUGGCUCCGCACAGGGCGGGGCGGACGCUGCGGCCCCUGCCCCGCUUAGUCCCGGCGCUCCGGGAGGCCGAUGGUGGGCGGGCGGCGCGGUGCUGGCCACACUCUGCCCCCGUGCCCUGGUCGCUGCCCUUCGCCGCCGGCCGUGGGCUGAGAGCCGCGGGGUUGCCAGGCUCCUCUCCUUGACCGGAUGGAUGCCUCUGUCCCGCAGCCCCGCGCCGAGUCAGCCCGCAAAGACUGUUGGUAUCCAGGAGAAAGAUGUCUUGCUCCUUCUCCAGAUAAUAAAAAACUCUGUGAAGCAAGCAUAAAGUAUGUCACCGUGGAUGAAAAUGGGAAGCUCUUUGCAGUUGUCCUAUAUUCAGAUUUUCAAGAAAAGAAAAUACCUCUUAAAAAACUUCAAGAAGUAAGGUCAAUUAAAGAUUUCUCCAGGAAUUUUAUAUUUGAUGAUGAAGAUUUGGAAAAACCUUAUUUCCCAGACCAAAAAUUUCCAUCAUCUGUUAAUGCUUUUAAAUUAUCUGAAGAUGGACACUCUAUUCCGUAUACUAUUAAUAGGUACUUGAGAGAUUACCAAAGGGAAGGAGCCCAGUUUCUCUAUGGACACUACAUCCAAGGAAGAGGGUGUAUUCUUGGUGAUGAUAUGGGACUUGGAAAAACAGUACAGGUUAUUUCAUUUCUGGCUGCAGUUUUACAUAAAAAGGGAACUCGUGAAGAUAUUGAAAACAACAUGCCAGAGUUUUUAUUAAGAAGAAUGAAAAAGGAACCGCAUUGUAUAGCCAAAAAGAUAUUCUUAAUAGUUGCUCCUCUUUCUGUCCUCUACAACUGGAAGGAUGAAUUGGAUACCUGGGGGUAUUUCAGAGUCACUGUGUUACAUGGUAGCAAAAAAGACAGUGAACUGAUUCGUGUAAAGCAGAGGAAAUGUGAAAUUGCUCUGACAACUUAUGAAACACUGCGCUUAUGUCUGGAGGAGCUUAACAGUUUGGAAUGGUCAGCUGUUAUUGUAGAUGAAGCUCAUAGAAUCAAGAAUCCAAAGGCAAAAGUAACAGAAAUUAUGAAGGCUUUAAAGUGUAAGGUUCGCAUUGGCCUCACUGGAACCAUUCUUCAGAACAACAUGAAGGAGCUGUGGUGUGUUAUGGACUGGGCUGUGCCAGGACUUUUAGGUAGCAGGACCCACUUUAAGAAGCAGUUUUCUGAUCGAGUGGAACAUGGCCAGAGACACACAGCAACAAAAAGAGAACUUGCUACUGGCCGAAAGGCUAUGCAAACACUUGCAAAAAAGAUGUCUGGCUGGUUUCUCAGGCGUACCAAGACGCUUAUCCAGGAUCAGUUGCCUAAGAAGGAAGACCGGAUGGUUUACUGUUCUUUGACAGAUUUCCAGAAAGCUGUCUAUCAAACAGUGUUAGAGACAGAAGAUGUGGCUUUGAUACUUCAGUCUUCUCAGCCUUGUACCUGCAGCAGUGGCCGGAAAAGGAGAAAUUGUUGUUACAAGACCAAUUCACGUGGUGAAACAGUAAGGACCCUGUAUCUUAGUUACCUGACAGUCCUUCAGAAGGUAUCUAACCAUGCGGCACUGCUGCAGGCUGCCAGCACCUCCAGACAUCAGGAAACACUUAUCAAGAGGAUAUGUGAUCAAGUAUUUUCCAGAUUCCCAGAUUUUGUGCAGAAAAGCAAGGAUGCAGCCUUUGAAACACUUUCUGACCCUAAGUAUAGUGGAAAAAUGAAGGUCCUUCAGCAGCUUUUAAAUCAUUUUAGGAAAAACAGAGAUAAGGUUCUUCUCUUCUCCUUUUCCACCAAGCUGCUGGACGUGCUGCAGCAGUACUGCAUGGCAUCUGGCCUUGAUUACCGGAGGCUUGAUGGAAACACAAAAUCAGAGGAAAGACUCAAGAUUGUGAAAGAGUUCAACAGCACACAAGAUGUUAACAUUUGCCUUGUCUCCACAAUGGCUGGUGGACUUGGUCUCAAUUUUGUGGGUGCUAAUGUUGUUAUAUUAUUUGAUCCAACAUGGAAUCCAGCCAAUGAUCUUCAAGCUAUUGACAGAGCCUAUAGAAUUGGACAAUGUAGAGAUGUUAAAGUGCUUAGGCUGAUAUCCUUGGGGACUGUGGAGGAGAUCAUGUAUCUACGACAGGUCUACAAGCAGCAACUUCACUGUGUAGUGGUUGGAAGUGAAAAUGCCAAGCGAUAUUUUGAAGCUGUUCAAGGAUCAAAAGAACACCGAGGAGAGCUCUUUGGUAGCCACAACCUCUUCAAACUAAGGUCCCAAGGCUCUUGUCUUACAAGGGACAUCCUGGAGAGAGAAGGCCAAGUGGAAGCUGGGAUCAUGACAGCUACAACAUGGUUGAAAGAACAUCCAGCACAGGAACCAGAGCCACCUAAAGACUAUAACUGUCAAGAACCCACUGGACAAGAACACCCAGCAAGACCACUGGAUACAGAAGUUUGUGAUCUCUUCAGUGACUUCAGUGAUGAUGAAUCAUCAGGACCUUCUCGAAGAAAGACACCUAAAAACAAAGCCUCUGGUCCUAGUCCAGCUCCCAGCUCUUCAGGGCAGCUUACCUUGCUCCAGUGCGGGUUCUCUAAAUUGUUGGAAGCAAAAUGUAAACCAGUUGAUGAUGCUACUGAUGGAAACAUUGCCUCUGGUGAUGAAAGUUCUGAUGAGCAGCCCACAUGCCUGUCAGCAGAAACCAAAUAUCCUGGCUGUCAGAAAACUCAGGAUGGUGUUUGUACUUCAGAACAUCAGAAAUUAGAUAACAUCCUAAAUCCAAGUGAAAAAUGUGUUUUUGAUAAAAAUGAGAAGAUUUUAGAACAGAAUGUUACUUCUGAUUCUGAUGAUGAGAGACAGUUUAAAAAUACACCUGGGCAUGAUCGCAUGCUGCAGUAUGACACAGAAUCAGAAGACAGUGAUGUCAUCUUUCCCACACAGUGCCCAGCUCAGAGAGCCCCUCACAAUUGGAUAAGGGUUAAGCCGCUUUUAGGUGGACCUGAAAAUUCUGAAGCAGAAAAGCCUAUGAAAGUAAGAAAUUGUGGAGAUGAUAGACAGCUUGGUGGCAGAGGAAAUGGACUAGUUUCAAAACCAGGAAAUCCUGAGAACACAACCCUGAAAUCUGUUAUGAAAAGAAAAGGCACUGAUGAUAUUAGUGAUGAAUCUGACGACAUUGAAAUUUUCCCCACAUCAAGAAUAAGAAAGCAAAGAGUUCCUACUUCCUUGAAGUAUAAGAGAAAAAAGGAAAACAAAAAGAAAUUUUAUAAUUGUCCUAAAGCAGUGAAGAAAACAAACCAAGUGCAUGUAGCAGAUGAGGAUUGUAACUCUCAGUUUAUUGAUGAAUUUUCAUCCUCAGACGACAAUUUAUCUAUCAGUUUCUUAAAACCAAGUCUUAGAGCAAAAACUGUAAAAGACAAAAUCACUUUGUUCUCAAAACUGCCUGGUCAUAAUAAGAAAAAUAGCACUUUUAUACCAAGAAAACCAAUAAGCUUUUCAAAUGGAAGGGUUGUCAGUCAAGAGCUGACGUCUGAUUCAGUGGAUAAAAUUUUAGAUGGUGUUCAAGAAGUGGCUUACAUCCACUCAAACCAGAAUGUGAUUGGAUCAAGCAAGGCUGAAAACCACAUGAGCCGAUGGGCAACACGUGAUGUGUUUGAACUGAAGCAGUUUUCCCAGCUUCCUGCUAAUGUAGCCAUUUGUAGUUCUAAGACAUACAAAGAAAAGGUAAAUGCAGACACGAUGCCGCCUACAGAGAAAGACCAACCACCAGGUGACGGAGGUCUUUCCCCUCUCUGCAUCUCCUACCCUGUGCAUCAAAAGAAGAAAAAAGUCUACCGAGCUGGCCAGACCACCUUCAUCAUUGGAGAAACACCAAAAGGAAUCCGCAGAAAACAGUUUGAAGAAAUAGCUUCUUAUUAUAACUCCUCUUCUGUGAAAGAAUUUGCUAAACAAGUGACUGAUGCCACAUCAGAAGAGCGACAGAAAAUGCUAAGAGACUUUUACACUAAUCAGCAUCCAGACGUAAAGGAAUGUUUUGUGGAUUCUGCUUCAGAGUUGAUCAAAUUUUCCCACAGAGUUGAAGAAAAAAUCAGGAAUAAAUCUAAAGAAAAAGAAUCUCUUAUAAAAGAAAGGCCAUCGGAUUCUAAAACUUCGUCAUUUAAUGAUUCCACUAACAAAAUGUCUGGAAUUUGCAGCCCCAAAAUGCAUAAAGGAAAGUCCAUUAAAUCUCAGAAUCAUGCUUCCCGUAGAGAAGAGGCACUCUGUAAUGAUGCAGAGAGUAGGAGAGUACCUAUUAGCUCCACUCAAGAGAUUGGCAGUGGGAGAAACCUCCACAUACCCAAGGACACUGCAGCACUCUGGUCUCUGAAGAGCAAGUCUGAAGCCCAUGAGAGAAAAUUAGACAGUACCAUGGAACACCAGCAGGACCUCACAAGAACAGGCGUUCCAGGAAAUGCACCCCUUUUCCAGUUGGGAAACAAAAAGGUAGAAAACCCAGGGUCAGAAAAUACUUCUAUGGAAGGCCUACUCGGUGACACCUCUAUUCUUGAUGACCUCUUUUACAGUCAUGGGAAUAGUCCCACGAAACUGCCAAAGGAAGUUCUUUCAGGGCCCGUGGCAAAAGCAAAGCAGAGACCGAAAGAUUUCUGGGACAUCUUGAAUGAGCAGAAUGAUGACAGUCUCAGCAAGCUCACUGACUUGGCAGUGAUAGAGACUCUGUGUGAAAAAGUACCCAGCACUGCAGCCUCCAAAAGAGGGGAAGAGCUGGAAACUUCUCUUUGGAAAUCAAAUGAGAAAUUUCUGUGGAAGACUUUUAACUCAAAUGGUAAUGGUACAAACAUAACCAAUUUAGAGAGAGAGUAGGAUCUGAGCGAACCUUGAAUCACUUUGUCAGUAAACUGCCAGCCAGGUUUAUAGCUCCCUAGGUAGUGUCCUGAGCACAGUUGUUUACAAAUAUUUUAAUUAAAUUAGCGCAUUAGUGCUUUUUUAUAGUCUAAAAUGUUAUCAUGAAUUUUCUUCCCUUAAUAUUUGUUUUGAUCUUUAACACCAGUUUGUGCAGUACAAGGGAUAAACCCAGGGUUUCAUGCACGAUCAGUAAGCAGUCUAAACAACUGAGCUAUAGCCCCAGCACCUGAUUUGAUCUUUUUUAAAAAUGUGAUUGUAUUAUUUUAGAAACCCCUAUUAUGAAAUGAAAAAGAUUCUAGAUUUGUUAUCAGAAUGCUAGGUCAUCUCUCCCCCAUGUAAUUAUGUGAUGUAAGUCACCUGCCCUGGUCUCUGUCUACAUCCUAAUAUGAAAUACACAGGGUCUAAACUAGAGCAAUAUAUAUCUUUCCACUUUGAUUCACCCUUCCAAGUUCCAUUUGGUCAGAGGCCACAAAGGGCCUGGAAUCAAGUGUAUGCUGAUGGACUUCUUUCCUACCAGUAUUUGGAAAGUCAUUGUUUUACUUUUACCUUGGUAUCAUUUCUGUUGCCAUUAAAUUAUUUUGAUAAAAGUUGUGAUUAGAGCUGAAUUUAUGGUAUUAUGUUAAAUAAUAAUUUUAUAACUACUCAGAAGUGAAAUUUUGUAUAUAACUUUGUAGGACAUGAUGCUAAAAUAAUAGGAUUGCUGCCAUUUGCCACAUUACCAGUGCCUUUUUAUACAAUUGUUGAGAUUUAAUCCAUAUAAAUAAAGCUUUGUAUAUCAUAA